GAAGGCAGCAGUCCCCAACCCCCACCCUGAACACAUGUUCAACAUCCUCUGGGCAAAGGCUGAGCGAGCACUGAGACACAGCUGAGAAUUAGAGAGAGAGAGAGAGUGGAAGAGGGAGAGAGAGCAGUGAAGUGGAAAUAUGGGUGAGCAUCAGAGGAAGACAGAAAUAGAGCGAUAAAGCAGUGAAGUAGGAAGAGGCAGUGAGCGGAGGAGGAGAGUCUUUCUCUGUGGCGCUGAUGCUUCAUGCAGACCAGCUUAUUUCUGCUAGCAGGAGGCUCUGGUGUGUGGAUGUGAGAACCUUGUGGAUUUGCUCCAGUCUCAGUAGAAUUCAUUGCACCAGGAUCCAAAACAACAGACAGAGGAUGCGACCGUGGCUGGAUGCUAUCAUCCAUGUGGGCCUGUGACGACUGCACCUCUGUGGCUACCUUCUUCAUCAUAAGGAUGCUUCCAGCAGCACUGACCCAGAUUGUGGAGCUCUCCACUGUGCUCUGCUCCUCCGGUGGUCUCUGAAUGUGAUGUGCGAGAGGAAUGAUCUGCACCUCCUCUGCUGACAUCUGUCUCUGUGGAUACUCACAGCCUCCGACAGGCGACGCCACCAACUGAUCCAUCACAGUAACCCUCAGCUGGAGAACACACAGCACCUGGCCGUGGGGAGAGGGGGGUCUCAGCAGGGGGGCCGGCAGAUGGUGACACUGCAGCAGCACUUCUCCAGCAUGGAGGAGACGGUGCGGACGCUCCUACAGAACCAGGACUCACUGGAGGGGCCCAAAGUGGACCCGCUGGACCUGAUGAAAGCCUACAAGGACAAACUCCUGGAGGAGAUGUGGAAGCAGCAGGACAGCCUGGAGGGUCCCUCCGCCCCCCCCGCAGAAAGGCCUGCUGAGUCGGAGGCCGGCGGAGGGUCGGAGGACAACAACCCCCUGCUGCAGCGCCUCAGAGCCCUGGAGGCUGAAAACUCUGCUCUGUCCAUGGAGAACGACACUCAGAGGAAGCAGUAUGAACGCUGUCUUGAUGAGGUGGCCAACCAGGUGGUCCAGGCACUGCUCACACAGAAGGACUUGAAAGAGGAGUGUGUGAAGCUGCGGACCCGUGUGUUUGACUUGGAGCAGCAAAACCGCAUACUGAGUGUUCUGUUUCAACAACGUGUCAAGAUGUCCACGGCUCCUGUCUCCCAGGAGGUCCAAAGGAAUGGAAAAGCGGGUGUUCCUGCAGGGCGGUGGCCCAGCCUGCUGAGUCUCACCUGCCCGCGCAGCAGCGGCAGCAGUGGCAGUGAGCUGUCUCUGUCCAGUGCUUGUAGUGAAUACUCCAGUGGCUCCCACACCUGGGCGGAGGGGCGGGGAUUCUCCAAACAGUGUGCCACAAGCCGGGACAAAAGGAUGAGCACGGGUUCAGUCUCAAGUAAUCACUCUGCACCCAUCGAGCAGACAGACCUGGGAUGGAAGGAAGGCCACAUUCUGAAAGGCCUAAAGCGUCUCCAGAUGUGCAGCUCCAAAGAGGCAUCCUCAGCUGCAGCUGUGCAGCACUGCAAAGACUGCAUGACCUCCAACGAGGGCAUAUACUCAUUCGGUUUCAAGUGUGGCCAACAAGGGAGUACUGCCAAGCAGGUAGCCCCUACAAAUCAACCUUUGAAGGCUGGAGCAGGGACUGCUGCCCUCGACUCUGAUGAUGCAGAUGAUGACUCAACUAAAUUACAAAGUAGUGAAUCCCAUGACCAACCAACAAGAGAGCUUGUUUUCUUGGAUAAACUGGAUGUAGCAAGAGAUAAUGACAACAAUUUCCAAGAAGAACCUGUAAAACUUGCAGGGGAUUCUGGUCAUUUUCCUUCCCCUGUCACAGACAACUUCUUAUUUUUGGACGACCCCACAGUAAAACCUGGCAUAAGCCCAACCACUAUCCUCACGCAUUUGGAAGAAAAAAACAAAGACUCAAUAGAAAAACAAAAACCUUCAGGCAUGAAGUUAAGUGACAAAAACAAUAACCAGGAAAGAUCUACUGACCGUAAAUCCAGACUUGAUCAUGUCAAAAAACAACAGGGUAGACUUGCACUUACACAAGUUGAAGCUGGGAACAAUGAAGUGAGCUCUUCUAUUCAGCAUUCUGCAACUAAAGCUCUGAGCUGUGUGAACGUAGCCAGACAGCGUAGCUCCUCUAUGGAGGUUCCUCACUGCAGAGACAAGGCAAGUCAAGCUGGCUGUGAAAACCAGAACCACACAAUCUCAGAAUCUUCACAGAGGAAACCCAAACCUCAGCUUUGUGACUCCGCAAGAAAGGCUUUUAUUCUGCGGAGCAAGAGUGCGGAUGGAGGGAAAGAACAAACUAAGCAAACACAUUCACCUCUCCACCAGAAGCUUAUUAAGGGCCACAGGUCCAAAGGACAAUCAAACCCUCCUGGACACAGUGUUCCUAGCAAAAGGACAGAUCUCAGCAAUACAAAUUCUUCGAGCAAGGGAUCCCUAUGUCAAGAUGAGAAAGAGGAGGAAGUUGCGGUAUCAGCAAAUUCCAAGUCUAUAAAGAGUGUGCGCUCUCCGCUUGCUUCCCCUGUGAAACAUUCAAAGGCAUUUAAGCCACCAGGGAACAGUGAAUGUUCAAAGAGCCCAAAUAAAUCACCUUUGCAAAUCAAUAGACUUCAAUCAAACAAUGAGCCUGUGGAAGAGAGCAUUUAUGACAACUUACCUUGCUCUCCACGAAAACAGCGACGCAAAGACCAGCACUGUGAUAGUACCCGUUCAGAAAUUAGGUCCCCAUCCCCACCGCCACCCCCAGGUCGAACAACUUCUCUAGUCCUUAGGCCAAGUAGUGACAGCUUACUUAAAGCAACAUCUGCAGGUCAGCCUCAAAGCUCUACAACUGGAAAGACAACAUCCAACGUCACGAAGCAACAAUCAAAUAUUUCUUCAAUUUCACAGCUGCAACUAUCCAACACUACAAAGGACAAUCAACAUGCAGCCCCACUAUUGGGCACUGACGGUAAGUCAACGAAGGAUAUUCCUGCCAAAGUUUACCCUACCAACUCAUCCAAGAUGCCCCCUGUCCCAGCUCGAGAGUCUUCAGAGUUAGUCCAGCUCUCUAUGGACAGAACUGCCAUAUGCCAUAUUGAACAUGGUGCUCCCAAUAUAUUUCCAACUCAAAGCAUCUUACAGAGAUCCCAACAGAGCAUUAGUGAGCCAAAACUUUCAGAAUUCCUGCCUCAGGCAUAUUCUAAUGUUUACUACCAUGGGGUUGCCAAUAAUCAUCAAGGUUCCAACUCCAAUGCUGUCAAAAUGGCUCUUCCUGCUAAUGCUAGAUCUCAUGAGACUAUUGCUGGACAGGAAACUGGUACCUUCCUAGCUUUUGGAAGACAUAACAAAGAUGACAUUAACUCUACUGCAAAAAGUAUCCAUACCUUUCAGACUUUUACAUGUGAUCCCCAGAUGAAACAUGAAUGUGGAGCUCAUGAUAAAGUCCGGCGGAAGAUUGAGACCCGCUGUAACUCGCUGGAUUCUGAACCCCCAGUUCAACCUGUUGCCUCAGACAGCGGUGUGAUGUUAGAUUGGGGAUUUGAUGAGGAAGGUUGGCUGUUUAAACGGUCUGUGUCUGUGUCAACCAGACCUCCCCUUAAGCCAGUAAUGGGCAUGAAUGGGGCUAAGGCUCGUAGCCAGAGCUUUGGUGCACGCUACAUGGACAGGCCAAGUUUCAACAGAUCUGGAAAGGUCCGUACCCAGAUCAAAACACACUCAGGGAGCUCCUUGAACUCUCUAAGUGAUGUCCUUCCAGGAAGUAUGAGCUGCUCCAGCAGCUACCAUUGUCCAAUGAACAGAUCUCUUUUAAACAAUUUCUUGAUUGAAGAGGGACUGACAGCCCCUUCACAUUUGGGCUCCUCUACUGAAAGACUUCAGAGUCUUAAACACCAACGAGAGCAAGCUAGACGCCUUCAGAUUGAGCAACAGUUUUCGAGCGCCUUUGGCGAGCCAGUUUCUGAAGAACCAGAGGGGCAGAGUACUAUAACCACAAUCGAAGAAAAAGUGAUGCUGGGCAUAGAAGAGAACUUGCACAAGACUCAUGAGCAGGAGAGAACCACUGAAGUGAAGCAAAAAUCUGGCUCAACCUUGGCAAAUUGGUUUGGUUUUCGUAAGAGUAAGCUUCCUGCUCCAAGCUGUAAAAAGACUGAUCCACCAAAAGUAAAAGAGGAAAAGAGGGAGCAAAAGAUUACAUCACUUCUGGGAGGAAAGCAGUCAAAGUCUGACAAAAAGAAAGACAGAAGAAAAAGUGAUGGAAAAGAGUGCUCUGUGGGGAUAAGAGAGUCUCAUGAUGCAGUUCGGGCAUGCAUCUCAAUGCCCUGCCCAGGAAUGUCCCUGAGUGAGAUACAAGGACACACUGACUUCAUUGGGGACCCGAAGAUGCAGGUGAUGAACAUCAGAGCGGAUAAUGAAAAUGGAUCCACAGUGAAGAGCUCCAACCAGGAUGCUGUAAUAGGCUCAGGCUGCAAGAUGCGGACGUUGGACAGUGGGAUCGGGACCAUCCCCCUUCCUGAAUCCUGCUCCUUCUUCUCCUCCAUCCUGCAACUCCUCCCUAAGUCCGCCUCAAACCCUGGCCAGUCCCUCAGUCCUCCCAGUGUCCCCGGCUCCUCCAGCAAGGAUGUGUCUCCUUCCCCUUUACCCCGCUGGAGAAUACCCUCCGGUUUUAAGGACAGCAGCCAUGCAGGGGGGCCAAACUCCUUCUCCAGCUCCUCCAUGACCCAUAUCCACUCAGUGCCUUUCCCCACUGUGGCCUUCCUCCAGCCCAUCCAACCCCAGUCUCAACCCAUUGUGACGUGUUCCAGUGUGUGUGAUACCCAGAGCAGGCUGCUCAGACCCCCCCCAGGUGGGAUGGAACCAAAGAAGUUGACCUAUAUCAAAUCCAAAACCCGAGCCACUUCGAGCCAACAGAAAGAGCAGACAAGACUUCAGCUCGCCAACUAGUUCACAAAGCUGACUGAGUCUACCUGAAGCAACAAAUCAAUCGGAUUUCUCACUAACACAUGGAGGAUCCCUGAAUCCCAAAGUGUGGACACUGUGUCUCUGUAUCAGGAUGAAACACUCAGAGCUGCAUAACCAGUGAGCUUGGCAUCAUGGGCUUCCACCUGUGCUCAUUGUGGGGCUGAGAUACUGAGUAGCAUUUCAGGUGUAGUAAUGAACCUUCUGGCAGCCAUUUUGGAGGUUUGCAGUUCAUUGACAUCAGCUGUGAGCUGCUGAUAGAGUUUCAUAAUGUACAGCUCUGCUGUGUCACAGGACUGGAGUUAAACAGUCGUGGUUAUUUUACCUGACAUUUUAUUCUCUAUUUUUAACUCUAAGAAGUAACAUUUUGCAAAAACAUCAAAAUGCCAGGCUUCUUUUUUUUUGUUAAUAUGAGUUUAGCUAUUGUAGCCUUUUCAUAGCUCAUCAUCAUGUAGACCCAGUUUAAGCUAAUGUUACCAUUAGUAUGUUUACAAUGCAAACAACAUAAGUUGUUAGCUAGCAUAGCUUCCUCUGCUAACUGUUCAACCCAGUCUCACGGCAUUUCGUGAUAUAGUCACGACAUUUAAUCUAUUGAUUCGUGUUCACCAACCCGGUCGGGCCUUGGAAGACCGGAAGCUGUGGGGUUCAUAAAAACAUGUUCUUACUCAAUAUCAAGCCACGAUUAUUGUUUUUAUUUUUAAAUCGUAUAAUGUCGGAUUUUGUUUGCUGUCCGUGAAGAAAAUAAAUGGGGCUCAGAGCCUCAGAAUACUGAAAUCUGUAUGUUGUUGGUGAACACGAAUCAAUAGAUUAAAUGUCGUGACUAUAUCACGAAAUGCCGUCAGACUGGGUUGAACUGUUGGUGGUUUCUGCCACAAUGCUGAAGGACCGGACAAACUUAACCACUAAACUUAGACAACACACACAUUACUGCAAACUGUUAUAUCUGCUUCUCUAGUGUGGUGGUGAAAACUGUACCUAUAAUAACAAUUGUACAAUAGUUACCAUAUGUGUACAAUCAUUUGACCGACUUACAUGCUUUCAAUACAGCACACACUUAAAGGGGACCUAUCAUGCAAAAUGCAUUUUGUACGUCUUUUAUACAUGAAUAUGUGUCCCCGGUGUGCCAGGGUACUCACCAAGUGUCA